AUGGCGAACGCUGCACGAUAUAAUAUGGGCUCAAUACGCCCGGCUGUCAUUGGCAUGGGCCGAGUCUUUGGUGCCAGUUUGACGGCUGUCUCUGCCUUUCCGGUUGACACCAAGGGCCACCAUGACGCUGGCGAAGAGGGCGGUCCCAGCCUCUGGGUCCUCGCUGUUGCCUCAAUGGUUCUGGUGCUUCUUGGUGGUGCUUUUGCUGGAUUGACAAUUGCGCAAGUCCCCCUCCCUCUUGGCGAUGCGCGACGCAUGCUGACCUACCCAAAUGCGAAACGUGUGUUGAAAUUGUUAAAACGAGGAAAGCAUUGGGUUCUGGUCACGCUGCUGCUAUCCAACGUCAUUGUCAACGAGUCCCUUCCCGUUGUAUUGGACCGAACUCUUGGAGGAGGUGUUGCCGCUGUCGUUGGCAGUACUGUUCUCAUCGUUAUUUUUGGUGAAAUUGUUCCCCAGUCCAUCUGUGUUCGAUAUGGUCUUCCUAUCGGCGGAUACAUGUCUACCCCAGUUCUUCUUCUCAUGUAUCUGACCGCUCCGGUUUCUUGGCCAAUUGCGAAGCUUCUCGACUGGAUUCUGGGCGAGGAUCAUGGUACCUUGUAUAAGAAGAGCGGACUCAAGACGCUAGUCACCCUCCACAAGUCUCUGGGUGAGAUUUCCGAGCGUUUGAACCAGGAUGAGGUUACGAUUAUCACAGCCGUUUUGGACUUGAAGGACAAGCCCGUUGCUGAAGUUAUGACGCCCAUCUCCGAUGUUUAUACGCUUGCCGAAGACCACAUCCUCGACGAAAAGACCAUGGAUGAUAUUCUAUCCUCCGGGUACUCGCGAAUUCCUAUUUAUCGUUCUGGGAAUCACUUGGACUUUGUUGGCAUGCUUUUGGUCAAGACACUCAUCACCUAUGAUCCUGAAGAUAGAAUUCCCGUCCGCGAUGUGCCUCUCGGAGCAAUUGUCGAAACUCGCCCUGAAACCAGCUGUCUGGACAUCAUCAACUUCUUCCAGGAGGGUAAAUCGCACAUGGUACUGGUAUCCGAAUUUCCCGGCUCGGACCAUGGUGCCCUAGGUGUCGUUACUCUUGAAGACGUUAUUGAGGAAUUGAUUGGAGAGGAAAUUGUUGACGAAUCCGAUGUCUAUGUCGAUGUACACAAGGCUAUCCGACGUCUUACUCCCGCACCCCGAGCCCGCCGAAUUCACGCAACUGCCGCCGCCGCCGCCGCAAUGGCCACUAAGAAGGCCCCGGGCGACUCUAUUUUGGUCGAUGUUGAAGAACACGCCGACGAAUACCCUCCCAAUGUCGAGACUGCUUCUUUCCACAGCAAUUAUGAAGGAGGAUUCCACAAUGCUGCCAAGACUGCUAUUCACAUGAAGCGCCGGACCUCUGAUGGCGGCAUAGAAGGCACCCCAGUUGUUGUGAAGGCUAGUCUAGAUGAAAUGAGGUCUCAACUUCGUCUUGGACCUGCUAACCGAGCUGCGAACCCCCGCAGCAAUACCCGCAGCCUCUUCAAAAUCAAACAAGGUCUUGGUGCGACCCAUACGCCCCCAAAUGAUGGCUCAAGACCUGCCCAGCCGCGCGCUGCAUCCCACAUAGGUUUCACGAGUACUCACGGACAGUCGCAGGGGCGGACUCAGGGGCAUGAACGAACACCGUUAUUAGCUGAGGAUCACGAAGAAGCUAUCGAUGAUGACGAAGAUGACCACGGCCGUAAAACAAAUGGUCGGCAUUAG